AGGAACGUAAUCCCGACAUUAAGCGAGGACUUACUGUAUACAGUAGUGCACUUAAGUAGUAUAAGUUGCUAUUAGCGGUUUUGCCUAUUCGUGCCCUUUCUUGUAACCUAUUUCUCCCUAAUGGCAAGGGUUUACUGUACUGUACUGUACUGCAUAUUACCCUCUAUAAAUUAUUUGUUUGUCAUCUGAACAUCACCUUAAAUAUUAUUCAUUCUUUUGUAUUUUUUUAAGGGAGAUAUUUGAAAAAAUGAAGAUGAUAUAUGAAAAGGAUUUCAAGAAUUACCCACUUGCUUAUGACUCAGAAAGGAAUGCAUACAGUGUGGGUGUCAUCCCUGCUCUUCAAACUCCUGAUUGCCAGAGUACUUAUGAGAUUGACCUUGAGGAAUCAGAUGGCAAGAGGACACAAUACAAAAUUUCACUAAUGGUGAGACAUCGUGCCAACCUCCAGGAACUUACGGAGGCACUUAACUGCUCUGCUCGUGAACAGAAGACACUUCCAUUAAACAUAUUUCAGAUGGUUGAAGUAAUGUUUCGUCAUUAUCGGGCCAUUAAGUAUGAAUUGGUUGGUCGUCGUAACUUCUACUCAGCAGGAGGAGAGUUUGGAACGCCAUAUCCAAUUGGAUGUGGCAAGGAAGGUGUGACUGGUUUUUUUGGGUCGAUGAGGCCUGCAUCUUGGAAGGAUGGAUCUCUCUUACUGAAUAUUGAUGUUGCACACACAGCAUUCUAUAAAGAACAACCUCUUCUGAACUUUAUUCAAGACUUCAUGAAUUUUAGGGAAGAUGAUUUUCAUAGACCAUUAGAGCCAUUUAAACGAUCAAAACUUUUGCAAGAACUAAGAAAUAUUAGGGUGCAAGUUACACACUCCAAUAUCCCUCGCACUUACAAGAUUAUAGAUGUUUCAGAACAUUCUGCUGAGAAACAAACAUUUCCUUUAAAAGAUGAGAAUACUGGGAACACAGUUUACUGCACCAUUGAAAACUACUUCAAGAACCAAUAUGGAAAAAAAAUUAAGUUUCCAAAGUUGAACUGUGUACAAGUGUCUCCUGCUGAAAGGAAUGUGUUUAUUCCAUUUGAGUGCUGCAAGAUUUACAAAGGUCAAAGAGUGGUUAAGAAGCUUAGUGAUCGAGAAACUGCUCAAUUUAUUAGGACAACAGCUGUUCCACCAGCAACAAGAAAGAAACAGAUAUGCAAUAUUCAUCGCACCAAUGACUUUACUCAAGAUCCAAUGCUGAAGAAUCUGCAGUUCAGUAUAGCAGAAAGACCAUUACACAUGGAAGGCAGAAUUUUACCUGCACCUGAAUUGUUGAUGGAUGCACCAGUUCAACCAAGAGAAGGAGUAUGGGAUGCUAGG